AUGUCUUACACGAGCUGUUUGAAGAAACAUCCCUAUAGAAUCUUCUUUCGAUAUGGCAACUCCAUCCUCAGAGCUUCUUUAGAGAAAGGCUCCCCACAAAAGUCACUUAUGGACUAUAGCACUUUGCUCCAUUUCACUGCUUUCUGCCCUGAUUACAGAACUUAUGCUCUCCUUCUCAGAGCUUGUGCAAAAUGCUCUGACCUCUAUGCUGCCAUGGAAAUCCAUUGUCAUCUCACUAAAGUUGGGUUGCUAUCUAAUCAGCAUAUAACACCUCCUCUGUUCAAGUUAUAUAUUGCCCAUGAUCACGUGUUGGAAGCACGUGAACUAUUUUGGUCAAUGCUGGAGUGGAGUACCGAUCCCUUCCAUGGCAAUCUGAUGCUUAUGGGAUUCUUGAAGACCGGACAGCUAGAUAAGGCGUAUCAUAUUUUCAAGAGGAUGCCUGUCAAGGACUUGGUAUCUUGGAAUUCAAUGAUUGCCGGUGCAGUAAGGAGCUCACACCUGAAAGAAGCAAUGAAUAUUUUUAGCAGGUUGGUCAGUUCAGGCCUUGUCCCUGAUUGCUUCUCAUUCUCCUCAGUUCUGUCAGCAUGUGCUCGAGCUGGUGCUCGCCGGUAUGGAGUGUGGGUGCAUCAUCUGAUGACUGAACUGGGGGUGGAAAUGAAUCAUAUCUUAACUUCAGCACUUGUUGACAUGUAUGCCAAAUGUGGAAGAAUUGAUGUGGCAACUGAGAUAUUCAAUAAAGUCAAGAGAAACCAUAUUUCUGUCUGGAAUGCAAUGAUUAGUGGCUUGGCAUCGCAUGGUCUUGGCUCCGAUGUAGUGAUUUUGUUCCACAAAUUGAAAAGUGAAGAGCUGGUUCCUGAUGGGGUUACAUUUGUUGCACUCUUGACAGCCUGCAGCCACUGUGGCAUGGUUGAAGAGGCUCACCAAUACUUCAGAUCAAUGACUACAGAGUAUUCUAUCACACCAGAAGUUGAGCACUACGGUGCAUUGGUGGAUACGUUGUCGCGAGCUGGGUUGCUGGAUGAGGCAUACAAGUUGGUAAUGUCGAUGAAUGUAAAGCCUGAUGUUGUGAUAUGGAGGGCAUUACUUAGUGCCUGUCGCAGAUAUCGCCAAACAAAAUUAGGUGAGGUCACUAUUGAGCAUAUGGCAUGCCAUGGCAGUGGGGAUUAUACCCUUCUUUCAAACAUCUAUUCAUCAGCAAAUAGAUGGAAUGAUUCAGAGGAAGUAUGGAAACAGAGGAAACAAAAGAAAAUUAGGAAGAGCAAAGGCUUGAGUUGGGUUGAGUUAGGGGGAAGCACCCAUGAAUUUAAAGCUGGUGAUAGAUCUCAUCCAGACACCGAGGAUAUAUACCUAGUGCUGCAUGGAUUAUGUAAAAGAGCUAAGGUUGAAGGUUAUUCUCCAUUGACUGAACUAGUAACAAAAGAUGUCUCGGAGGAGGAAAGAGAAGAAAACCUUACCUUCCAUAGUGAGAAGCUAGCAGUGGCUUAUAGUGUCCUGAAGACUGGUCCAGGGACAGAAAUAAUGGUUUCAAAGAAUUUGCAGAUUUGCAGUGACUGUCAUGAAUGGAUGAAGAUAAUCUCAAAGGUACUUUGCCGUGUUAUUAUUAUGAGGGAUAGAAUUCGAUUUCACCGGUUUGAAAGAGGAUGCUGCUCCUGCAAGGAUUACUGGUAG